AUGUCGAGCCAGACCAUUCAGCCCAAGGCGACCCACAGCGUGCCCUCUUUCUACCGCGAGGACGAGACUGGGAUGGAGACUGAGUCUGAGGCCGAUGCGGCCGACUUCAGCGACAGCGACGGAGACAAUGCCCCCUGUCCAGUCCUCACCAGGCCUAACAAGCCAAGCAAGCCGAGGAGUGUCCCCCGCUUCUAUCGCGAGAACGAGGACGGGCUGGUGACCGAGUCUGAGGCCGAGUUCUCCGACUCGGACGGCGACAACGAAGACACCGAGGAUGAAGGGGAGGAGUACACCACCGAAGGCGCCUAUGUCGCCCAGUACGCAUACACCUACAUCGAGGUCGAGGAGACCGCUGGCAUCGAGGAGGCGACCCAGGCCAUGGAGAUUGACGAGGGUGGAUCUGAGAGCGAGGCUGCGUUCACGGAUGGAGAGGAGGGGGAGUCCACCGAUGAGGAGUACGUGGAUGAGAGCAGGGAGAAGUGA